AUGGGUUACUUGAGUCAUGUUCUAGUUCUCUACCAUUUGCGAAGGAACGAAGUAAUUUGUACUCAAUUGAUUAAUAAAAAAGAAACAAAUUAUGCCUCCAAAGAAGAAACAGGAACCGAACAAAAAAACUGUGGAUAAAGCCAAAGAAAAAGUUAUUGAGGAUAAAACAUUUGGACUGAAGAACAAGAAGGGAAAAAAGCAGCAACAGUAUAUAAAGAAUGUCACUCAACAGGUCAAACAGGGAGGUACUCCUAGUGCCAGGAGGCUAGAGCAAAUGAAAGAAGCAGAAAAGCAAAAGAAAAAGGAAGCCAGAAAUCAACUUGAUGAAUUGAACAAGUUGUUCAGACCUGUCCAGGAGCAACAGAAAAUAUCUGCAGGUGCGGAUCCAAAGUCUGUUCUUUGUGCUUUCUUCAAGUCGGGAACAUGUGGAAAGGGCAACAAAUGUAAAUUUUCACAUGACUUGAGUUUAGAAAGAAAAGGAGAGAAAAGGAGCAUGUAUGUGGAUGAAAGAGAUCAAGGAAAAAAUGAGGAUGGUAUGGAAAAUUGGACGCAAGAUAAAUUAGAAGAAGUGGUCAAAAAGAAGCACGAAGAAGCUGAAAAGAAGAAACCAAAGACUGAUAUUAUCUGUAAAUACUUUCUCGAAGCGAUCGACAAAAAUCUAUACGGCUGGUUCUGGACCUGUCCUAAUGGCGAGAAAUGCAUCUACCGACACGCUCUACCAUCUGGCUUUGUGCUUAAAAGGAAAGAAAUGGCGAAGGAUGAUAAAGAGGAAAUUAGCUUAGAAGAAUUAAUAGAAAAUGAGAGGGCAUCCUUAGGAUCAACUUUGACUCCGGUUACACUUGAAACAUUUAUGAUAUGGAAGAAAAAGCAGAUUCAAAAUAAAAAGGACCAAAGAGAGAGAGAACUGAAAAAGAAAAAGGAAGACCUUGAGCGAGGCAAAUCUGUUGGCAGAGUCAGCGGUCGUGAGCUUUUCUUGUUCAAGCCAGAAAUGGCCGGGGACGACGAUGAGGAGGCUACAGAUGAUCCAAAUCUGUACAAGAGAGAAAUGGCAAAGGAUGAUACGCCUGUCACUGAAAUCACACUUGAAGCGUUUUCAAAACCUAGCGAAGAGAGCUACGAAGUCGGAACCAAAGCGAAAUCGAAAGACGGUCCUAGGGCCCCCGGCGAUGAGGUCCAGCCUGUUGCUCCUGCAGACAUCAACGGUGCAGAUCAAGCCUGCGCAGCAGUUGGCAAUGAAAACGAACAAAUUGUUUUAGACGGCGUUCCUGUGGAAGAAAGUCUUUUUGACGAGGAUGUUGACGAUUUAGAACUAGAUGAAUUAGACAUAAAUGAUUAGAAUUAAUUGGUGCACUUUGAGAAUAAAUGUGUUUUCAGUUGAUUUGCAGUAUUUUUAACGGCGA